UAAUUAUAAGAUUACACAUUGUGUACAUAAUAAUAAUUAGAGAGAGAAUUUGAUCAAAAAUUAAAGAGAGAAAGAAAGGUGAAGGUGAAGGUGAAGGUGUUAUGGAGAAGAACAUAGUUUUGGCAGUAUUGUUUUUGUACUUGUUCUCAACAUGUCAUGCUAUAUGGAUCAAUUUACCUGUUUCAGGAACCAAAUGUGUUUCUGAAGAAAUUCAGAAUAACGUUGUUGUUUUGGCUGAUUAUAUUGUCUUACCGACUGAUCGAUCAAACCAACCCACCUUAUCUGUCAAGGUGACCUCACCAUAUGGAAACAAUAUUCAUCAUAAUGAGAAUGUUACAGUUGGUAAUUUCGCCUUUACAACUUCAGAGAGUGGGAACUACAUUGCAUGCUUCUGGGUUGCUCAGAAUCAUGGAGGUGGUAAUGUUAGUAUGAACCUUGAUUGGAAAAUUGGAGUUGCAGCUAAGGAUUGGGAUUCGGUUGCUAGAAAAGAGAAAAUUGAGGGAGUAGAGCUUGAGUUGAGAAAGCUAGAGGGAUCAGUGGAGGCUAUCCAUGAGAAUUUGAUACGUCUUAAGGACAGGGAAGCAGGGAUGAGGACAGUGAGUGAAUCAACAAAUGCAAGAGUGGCAUGGUUUAGUUUUAUGUCUUUGGGUAUUUGCAUUGCAGUUUCAGUUUUGCAGUUGUGGCAUUUGAAAAGAUACUUCCAGAAGAAGAAGCUUAUUUAGAUGCUACUAGUACUAGUGUUUGUUAUAUUUUAAAGAUGGAAUUUUAUGACUUUUAACAUUUUAUAAACCUUUACUUAUUCUCUAGUAGCCAAAAAAAAAUAUCCACUUGCAUUUGCAAGUUUCCAA